UGCCCGCUGGCAGUGUUGGGGUUUGGAUGCAAAUACCACGGCUUUGUAACUUGUCGGAGUUGGAUGCUGUUCGACGCUCCAAAGUGGAUUUAAAAAAGCGCAACUCGCAGGAGCUUCAGUGCAAACAGGCAUCUUGUCAUAGAAGACGAAAUAAAAAGUCUGAGUGACUUAGUUCAUCGGAAUAUAUAUUUUGUUAUGCACAUCAUCUUUAACUGGAGGAAUUUAUUUUUUAAUCCAUUGCAGACUUUUUCUGUCUUGUGCAUCCUCCACACAGCCUGCCAGGACGUUGCCUCGAAAUUGUGACAGAUGUGAAAGAAAUGAAAUCAUGUGUCUUUUGAAAUGAUGACAGAGAAAGGUUGCAUGGGGGUAUCCUGUAGGAGGAGUUCUUUGUGACCAAACAAGUAACGGAUUUUCCCUUAUAAAAAAGGAAAUUGAGUGCCGACCGCUCAAUGAACAGCAUUAUUCGGAGACCCCUCUUUACAGCCCAACGCUGUCUACUCCCUUUGCCAGUACCACCACCAGCGUGAUGGCUUGUUGUGCCUCGGGCUUGUUUGGACUUGCUACCGCGGCAUCCCCUUCCACUACACAGACUCGCGGACGCAGCAGCCACUAGAGAGACCAAUACUGAGAGACAGAGGGGAGGAAAAGGGAGAGACAGACCGAGAUAGAGAGCAGUACAACAGGAGAGAGGAGGGAUCAUCUGUCCCAGCAGCAGAGGGAUCCACCUGUCCCACAGAGGAAGGGGGGGGAGGGCCCCCCUACCUGAUCCAUCUGGUCGCAAGGGGGGGACCCUGCGUGGCCGCGAAGGCAACAGGGACUAUGCAGCUGAGACUGGUGGCGCUGGCAAUGGUCUUCCUCAGCUCCAUGGGUCACAGUGAUGCUCUCAAGCUCUCCAAAGCGAGAAGGCAGAGGCGGGUUAGUACUGAGGGGCCACCAUCUUGCCCCAAAGGCUGUGACCGAUGCUCGGAGUAUAACGGCUGCAUUAAAUGUAAGCCCAAGCUCUUCAUCUUCUUGGAGCGCAGUGACAUCCGUCAGAUAGGCGUGUGCCUCGCCUCCUGCCCUGUGGGAUACUUUGGCAUGAGGAACCCAGAGGGCAACAACAGAUGCACCCAAUGUAAAAUAGACAAUUGUGAAGCGUGUUUCAAUCGCAAUUUUUGCACAAAAUGUAAGGAGGGCUUGUAUUCACACAGUGGGCGAUGUUAUGUCAGCUGCCCUCCAGGCCAGCGCACCGCCAAUGAGACCAUGGAGUGUGUCGGUCAGCGGUCUGCAGAGUGUGAACUGGGCGAGUGGAGCCAAUGGGGUUCAUGUAUGAAGAAGAACAAAACAUGUGGAUUUAAAAAAGGUUCACAGUCUCGGCUCCGCGAGCCCCUUCUGCCGGUCCACAGCCCAGACACCUCCCCGGCCUUUGUACCCUCACAGACCUGCGCUCCACAGACCGAGAGGAGGAAGUGCAAUGUGGCCAAGAUGCCCUGUGGGAAAGAGCAGAAGAGUAAGGGAGACCGACAAGAUGACACAAACAGGAGAGAGAGGGAGAAUCCACACGGGCGAGCACGAGAAGGCAAAGAUGGCAGUAGAGGAGGAGGAGGAAAAGGAGGGGGAGGAGGAGGGGGAGGUGGAGGGGGGAAGAGGCGAAAAGGCCAGAGCAGGACCACCACUGCUCCUAGCAUCACAACCAGCUCUGUCAGCUAAACUCUAUCGCCCGCUGGAUGGGGCUGAGAGAAACACAGACAAUGCCUCACCCAGCAGCACCAGCCAUAGACAAAAGUCAAAGUGAUGAAGGAAUGGAAGGAAUUAAUGCUGCUAUGCAUUGGAGAAGAUGCAAUGAGAACUGGAGGACUGCUGCAACACAAAAGGCUUCUCUGAGCUUUUUGAAUAGAUGCACAUAUCUGGAAGAUACUGGUGUCUUAGCGGUGUUCAGAAAGACUUGUUGAUUUUCAUUCCACCGUGAGGGAUCACUGUUGGACUGCAAAGCCACGUUGAAGAUUGUGGUUUGUCACGGUUCGAGUCAUGAACCCGACCUAUGUCACUUCUUGAACUAACAACAAAUUCCUGUGUUUGAAAUGCAGCAUUCAAGCUGGAAGUCUAAUAAUGAAUGAAGGGUCUCUUCCGUCUCCUCUGUUCUAUGAUGUAUUUUGUUCCAGUCUGAUUUUAAUCACAAUCUGUUCUUCAUUUGUUUUCAUGUUUGCGAGAGGUGGCAGAUGGAUUUUCUCAACAGCCGCUGUACGUGAUGUAAAGACAAUGAAUAGUAUUAAGUCUGGGUACCUUUUAUUUCCUAUUGCGAGAUGAAAAAAAAAGAAAAAAGAAAGGCACUGGAAAUCAUUUGUGGUUGUUGAGGACAGAAGGUCUUCUACACAGUAGAUUAUUCCGACGAGGGAAUCUAUAACAAAAUAACAAGCCUAAGAGAAGAUGGAGUAUUACUGGCUCAAAUCCAUCUCCGGUGUCUUGACACAAAAUUUUGCCAUUUGAUAGCCUAGUUGUUUGUUCUGAAUUAAAUGUUGGCGUUUGUAUCAGAAAAUAACUGCGCCGAAAACGAGGAAUAAAAACACAAGUAUUUGCAUGUGUACAAGAUUGCAUGUGCGUGCCUUUGUGCAUGCAAAUGUGUGUGUGUGUGUGUGGAUCAAGUUGUUUGUCAAUGGAACUUUGUCGUUUGUACAUGUGUGUAUACGUCUGCACAUGUGUGUUAAUAUUGGUCUCAUAGAUUGAAGGAAUAGGUUCUGGAAAACAAGAGGAAGGAAAUGUAAAUGCACAGUGAUAUAUCAAAUAUGCAGUAACUACAAGCCACUGAUUAUCAUAUAAGCCAUCAAAUCAUCAGCUGCUCAGUAAUCAAGUCUGUUUGCAACAGGGUCUGAAGAUUUUGCACAACUAUAAUGUUUCCUACUGCUCAACUUUCAGAACAAUCAUAGCAUUCUACACAUUUAUACUCCAAAAGCUUCAUGACAUAACAGACGUAAGUAAAAGUUUCAGUUUUUUUUUUUCAUAGAAUGUUUUCCAUGGGUCUGUUUGCUUUACACACGAUAUUAGUUUCAGGAGAAGUUACACGCUACAUUAUUCAUUCAUACUAUGGAUUGUGAAUAUGUCAAACUGUGCUUAUCAUUAAACAUAUAAAGUAUUAGAAUCAUCAUGUAAAGCUUAUUCUGUGAAAGCCUAAAUAAAGUUCAGAUGAAGUCAUA